AUGUAUAAAGUUCAGUGUUUGCAUAUUUCAUGCUUCAUUACACGUAGAUUUAUUUGUAAUGAUCAAAAGCAACACAAAAAGUAAUAAGCUUUUGAGAGAUUUGACAGAAAUUGGAAAUGAAUUGCAAUGGCAAACCAUCCAUUAAUGAUAAAGUUCUGUCAAAUAUUUCCAUGGAAAACAAAUCAAUUAUUACAUGUGCUGGAGAUGAGGCAUUAUUUACUAGUUUGGUGAAUAAUCUUGUUAAAGCAGUAUCAGAUGAAACUGUUGAAUGGCGUAGAUCUUUCAGUCAAUUGCCAAUUAAAAAAGUUAAACUCAAUCCCAGAUUUAUUCCAUUUUCCAGUGAUAUUUUGCCUGGAGAUAAAAAUUGGCAUCUCGUCAAACAACCAAUUUUUCAUAUAUACUGGACAGAGUGUUCGGACGUUGAUGUUUACAAAUCUUCUGUAAAAGAUGACAUAGAUAAAUGGUUAAAAACUCUAGGAAAUAAUUUUCAAGAUUGGAUGAUAGUAAUUGUAGAAACUUACGAUAUUAAAAAAAGUAAUAAAUUGCUUCCAAGAACGACAGUUCUAGAUAAAAUUCGAAAUGAUUUUGGAUCAAAACAUGGAGACAGAUGCAUAUCGAUUAUUAAUCCAAUUAAGUCUGAAUCGCGAUCGGCUGAAUCGUGGAGAGGUUUAGUUGUGCGAAUACGACAAUUAACACUAAUUGCAUAUGACAAAGCACUUGUACGAUUUAGAGAAAUCAUAAAAGAUCAUCGCGAAAAACGAAAUCAACUUGGUUGGAAUUUUUGCCAUUAUUUUCUUCUACAAGAAGAACUUGCAUUUGUUUUAGAAGUAUUAGGUUUAUAUGACGAAGCUUUGAUACAAUAUGAUGAAUUAGAUGCACUUUUUACACAGUUUGUACUCAAUUCAAAUGUCGGUGAUACGGCUGUCUGGCUUAGUACGUUUCAAAUUCCAUUGAACAAUUGGUCAGGUGUAAAAUUAAAUAAUACCGUUGAUCAUCAAUUGAGACUGAUGUUGGCUGAAUGUAAAGCUUCAUUACUUGAUCUGAGGAGUUAUUUGUUUAGCAGACAAGCGGCAAUGUUAUUGUUACGCAAUAUGCCUUGGGAGAUUGCGCAAAGAUGUUUAUCAUUCAUACACAAUACCCUCAGUGAAUUGCAAAUUUUGGAAAUUCAAAAACCAGAAGGUGCCGUCGAAUGUUGGGCUUUUCUUUGUGCAUUAGAGGUACUUCACGCUUGUCAAUUAUCGAUGGCAAAUUCGGAAAACAAUCAACAAGUUGAUCGAUGUUCUGUUCAUACGGCGAGUUUAUGGGCAGUUGCUAAAGAUAAGUUGGAGGCAUUGGGAAGAUUGUGCGGUCUCAUGCCAGGCAGUGAACCGACAAGUGAACAAUUACACACUGUCGUUUAUUUAAUAGCCGGAAUAGGAGAUUCGGAACCGCAAGCAAUGGGGAAACCAACGCCAAUUGAUAAAUUAAAGGAGGCAUUGUCCUCGAAGGAGGCAUUUAAAAGACAAUAUCUUGAACACGCUGAAUUGGCAAUGGGAACAUAUAAACAUAUAGGACGUAUAAGAUCGGCACGUUUAAUUGGUAAGGAUCUUGCAAAUUUUUACACGGAAUUAGGUGAAAAUCAAAAAGCCGUUGCUUUUCUAUCGGAUGCCUUACAAACAUAUACAGAUGAAGGAUGGUUACAUUUGGCAGCACAAACACAAUUAGAAUUGGCUCAAUGUUAUAAAAGAAUGGACGAUGUUGAACGUUAUACAAAAAUAUCAGCUGCAAUUGCAAGUAAUAAAAGUUUACAUAUAACUGUUCGUAAUACAUAUUUUGAGGAAUUAAUGGGUUAUAUGAAAAUGUUGUCUUCCCCAAAACCAUUGCUCACUGAACUCAUUGAUUGUUUUACAAUACUCAGUAUGGAAGUUAAUGUCACGGACAAAGUGGUACAGGAUUGUAUAGUUAGUAUAGAGAUUAGUGUACAAAGUUUACUACCAAGAGAAGUAAAAUGUAAUCUUGCUUCUGUCUCUGUUGAAGAAAUACAGAAGCCACAGGUGCCUAAUAAUAGAAGAAAGGGAACGAAAUUACCCAACGAACCACAAAUAGAAUUAUUAUUAAAAUGUACAAUUGAUGUGAAGAAAUCUAUUUAUGAGAGUUUGUCGAUAUCAAUGAAUUCAAAGUUCGAAUUACAAGAGGACCAAAGUAUGUGGCUUGCCAAGGCGAAUCCACAAAUUGUCAAAAUACCAAUAAGAAGAUCGGAUAGUACAAAACAUCGAAAACCAUCGGCCAAUAUGAAAAGUGAUUUUAACAAUGCUCUUGUAAGCGAUGAAUUUACAUUGCAACCGGGACAAAAUACAAUAAUUGUUAAACGAAGAUUUGAAACACCCGGUUUUUAUAAAGUUGGUCAAUUAUCGUUGAUAAUUGAAAAUAAAUUAGAAUUUUUAUCCUCGAUAUUAAGUCCACGAUUGUGUUUUCAAAUAGCAAAAACACAACCAACAAUUUCGUUAAAUUCAACAAGGGAUUUAUUAGCCGGUCUUAUUCAGGAUAUCGAAUUAGUUAUUUCUAGUGGAAGUGUAAAAAUAACUGAGAAUGAAAUCUUAAAAUUAAGAACAUCACGUGGUUUCACAUUACAAAUUGACGAUAAUGGAACAUCGGGACUUAAGGAAUAUAAUAUUAAAUUACCAAAUUGUGAACCAUUUCAAAUAUCAAAAAUUCCUUUGAAAGUGUUUGCCGAUCUUUCGCCGAAAAAAGAAUCCUCGUCCAUAGAGCAUAAGUUAAAUAUACAAUGUCCAUGGGGUAUAGAAGAGAGUAUAGAUCUCAGUUUUGCUCCACCUUUAAUGUCAGUUAUGAAAUUACACACGGCUAAACAGAGAAAAUAUCUUCAAAUUUUAGUAACAGGAUUGAGUAAUCAAUUGUUACAACUCACUGAACCACAAUUAACAAGUAAUUCAUCGGUAGAUGUUAAUUUCAAAAGUUUAAAUCCUCUUGCUGGACAAAAAUUAAUAAUUGGUAAAGAAAUGAACGUGUCAUUUAUGUGGGAACUUGAAUUUGGUAAAAAUGAAAAAUCUCCAAUGCCUAUUAAAACUGAUUUUCGAGUUAAAUAUAUUCCAAUAAAUUCUCACGAGGAAAAUGACGAAGAAAAUGAUCCAUUACAUAUUCAGGAUUUACAAAAAUUGGAGGAAAAUAGCAAUGUCUAUAAAUGUAAUUUCGACAUUAUUGACUAUGUGACAUUGUUUACAGUGACGUCGAAAAUUGAAGCUAUUGGAGGCGGAGGUGAUUUCUGCCGUGCAGGCAGCAUGUGCCAUCUUUAUCUCACAGUGACACGCAUGUUACCUACUUCCAAUCCAACUCCUUCACCUCAACUUAUGUACGAAGUUUUGGCUGAUCAAACAAUGUGGGCUGUUUGUGGAAGAACUGCCGGCAUUGUAUCAUUGGAGACUCUUGAGAAACAGAGCGUUACUUUAGAUGUAAUGCCUUUAACAAGCGGUUACUUGCCCCUUCCAGUUGUUAGAUUAUCUCGAUAUAUUCCCGCCACGGAAUCAAAGAAUGAUACAUCUCGAAAAAAUGAAAUAACAUCGGGACCGAGACUCGAACCUUUUAGCCCCGGACAAGUUUAUAAUGCGAGUAAGGCUCAACAAGUUCAUGUUUUGCCAACAGCGCCAUCAGAAACAACCUGAUGAUAAAAAUUAGGAAAAUUGAAUAAUAAUUUUUGUAAAUUAAUGUAUAUCUUUGCAAAGGUGAAAUUGUCAGAAGGAUAUCAAUGCACAUUUUUUGUAAGUAUUUAUUGUACAUUUAAAAUGAAAUUAAAUGUAAUAAUUUUUAAAUGAAAAAAAAAAAAUGAAGCCUUUGAAAAGAUAACAGAACACUCUGCCAUUAAAUAUCUAGUAAUAUUCUGACAAUACAAAAUAGUGCAGGAGAUAUAUCAAGAGCUAUUUUGUGAAUAGCUUUAAAAGCCACUUAGUUUUUAUUAAAUUCAUUGAUUCUUCUCGAUAUCAAAAAAAAAGCGAGAAAAUCUCAUUC